CUGAGUCCUGGGCACACAUGCUUGCUCACGUCCCCCACCACAUUAACCCCCAACUCCAGUCAGCAUUUCUUGUAAGGGAUGCAGCAAGACUUGCCUGAGGCCCCACUCAUUUCCCCAUUCCCUCAGAUAAUGUGGAGAUAAAACACUAGAGGAGGAGUUUACAAAUACCUUUAAAACCCUGAGUCUCAGUGCUUGCUGGAUCAUUUCUUCUCAGUGUUCAAACCAGCAAAGAAGCAACUCAUCAAGAUGAUGUAUGGAGGUGUUUCAGAGGCCAGAUCUGCCACACCAGAAAUCCAGAAGAUUGCUGACAAGGUCAGACCUCAGCUUGAAGCGAAAACCAAUGAGAAAUAUGAAAAAUUCGAAGCCGUUGAGUAUAAAACUCAAACUGUCGCUGGAGAAAAUAUCUUCAUUAAGAUGGAUGUAGGGCAUGAUUGCUUCAUUCACAUAAAAAUCUUCAGUGGACUUACUGGAAAAGAUAAUUACGAACUUCAUGGUUACCAGACUAACAAAACCAGGGAUGAUGAGCUGACCUACUUCUAAGCAGCAAAUUCUGAAGUGAUCUGAUUCCUCUCAUUGGAAAGAGAUUCAGCCAUGAAUAAAGAAACAUUCUGCAA